GCACUUUACCAUUUGACUCGUUUCCUAUCGGCAAUAGUCGGCUACGAGUUCGCUGAAACCCUUCUCGACUCUCUCCGACUCUCUCGCUUUCAAGAUGUCUGAAGCUGAAGCACCCUUUAGACCAAGAGAGAAGAUAUUUGAGAAGCAAAAAUAUUUCCAAAGCAUCCAUAAACACACAUAUCUGAAAGGUCGAUAUGAUAAGAUCACCUCUGUUGCCAUUCCAGCAGCUCUGGCAGCUACUUCUCUGUUUCUUAUUGGACGGGGCAUCUAUAACCUGUCUCACGGAAUUGGAAAGAAAGAAUGACAAGGUGAUCUCCGCUCCUUGAUGGC